GUAUUCACAUUCAUUCCCCAGCGUAGACAGUGUUGUGUUAAGAGAAAAAUUUUAGUUUACAAAAAUAGGCUAUGGACGGGAAAAAGCGAGCAAGGGCUAUUCGAAAAGAAACUUACAAGUUUCAGAAGGUAGCGCGCGUUACUAACAAUGGGUACCUCAACUUCCUGACCGAAUACAAGAAGCGAUUCUGGGGACUUUCACCGAAGGACAUGGUGCGAUUCGGAGCCAGGCGGUGGAAUCAGCUGACCCUCCAGGAAAAAGCCCUCUUCAAAAAUAUGAAGGAACCUGUCUCCGAUAUAAGAAGCGCCCCUCACGAGUUUGAGAGUCAGUCCCUUGGGGAAAGCCCCGGAAAAUCUGAGCGGGGAAAACGCAGUCCAGUUCGCUCUCCUUCGUCCUGUCAGGGGAAGUCCAAGAUCAAGAAGGCAGGAUCCGGAUCAAUCAAGCGCCAGAUGAAGAAGAAUCCCAGUCCUGUUGCAAGGAAUGGCGACCCAAAUAUCUUGGGAUCCGCCAUUGCCUUCAUCAACUUCAUGCGCAAGUUGCAAAGGAGGAACAAAGACUGCCAGUUCAACGAUCUCUUCAAGAAGGGAACUCGUCUUUGGUGCCGUAUGCACGUGAAUCAGCGGAAGCACUUCGAAAGCCCACUUUGGAUUGUGAGAACUUAAAAAGAAACACUACCCAAUUUCAGCCAUACUAAUGUGUAAAUUGGAAGCGAGAAAUGUUUCACAGAUGGUUUUGUAAACCUAAUAAACGAACUAGGUUCCGUAAACAAUUUCAAGUUAUAAAUAUGUGUUAUUUUGACUUAAAUCAAAUUUAUUUCAGA